UUUGUACGAGAUUUUAGCUAAAAACUACCCAGGAUGAACAGGAUGGGCAUGAAGAUGAGGGCGAGGAGGCGCUCGACGAAGAUGACGAGAUGAAUGAAGGGGAUGACAAUGAGAAUGAGGAUGAGGAAGGGGAAGGGGAGGAUCAAGGAGAAGGCGACGGUGAUGGUGAUGGGGACGGUGAAGGCGAUGGCGACGGCGAUGGCGAUGGUGACGAUGAAGGGGACGGAGAAGGUGAAGGUGAUGAUGACGGGGAUGAGGGCGGAAUGGACGCAGAAGAUUCCCAGCAAGCAGAAGUUCCAGCACAGGCCACUCAACUGGACCAAAACCAAGCGAUAGCCUCCGCCUCUGGCGAGACCAACCAAGCACCGCUGGAGACAUUGACUGAGCUUCCUGAGCCUUCAAAUGUCCCAUCAACUCUCAAGCCUGAUACGGUGGACUCUGAAGGUCGAAGUCUCGCGGAUGCCUCUACACCACUCGAACCUGCUGGCUCUGCGGCUAUUACGCACACUGAGAUCCCCAGCAACGCCAUGGAAAUAUCAAACGUCGCUCCUGGUCACACUGAAGAAGGUCAAGGUGAUCUAGGAACAUCCGACGCAGGUAUCGCUGUCAAAUUGCCUGAGCCUGCGACCGGAGACGUUGAGAUGGGAGAGGCUCCAGCCAACGCCGAGGUGGCCGAUAGUGCGCCUAGGGUGGAUGAGGGACUUGUACAUGGAGAAUCCAACCUACCAGAGGGCUUAGGCGAUGGUGCUCCUCCCCCUGAAGUUGAAAAGCAGCCCUAGUCGCUGCCUGAUCUGCAUGCAUAGCCUCUGAGAACACCAUGCCCCCCCUCCGUCCUUCAAAGGUGCGCUUGCGCUAUUUGAAAAUUUGCUUCCGCCUCACCGCAGGGGCAGAAUUUGUGCUCGUCUCUCGUUCCAGGUAG